GCUUUCUUAAUACCAUACGUACUGAUGGUAUUACUUGCUGGCAUACCAUUGUUUUACAUGGAGCUAUCGCUUGGUCAGUAUUACCGUAAAGGAGCAAUUACAACUUGGGGAUGGAUCUGUCCACUUUUCAAGGGAAUAGGUUACUGUGUAAUUAUGAUAGCAUUUUAUACGGAUUUUUUUUACAAUGUAAUUAUUGCAUGGGCAUUGCAUUUUUUUCUAAAAUCAUUUACAACUCAUUUACCUUGGACAACCUGUAAUAACGAUUAUAAUAGCAUUGCUUGCUAUGAACCCACCUGGAAUAAUGGAAAACAUAACGAAUGUGCUCAACCACUCAACAAAUCGAAUGAUAUGAUCAUCUCAGCUGCUGAAGAAUACUUUUAUAAAAAAUUUCUGGGCUUGCAUACCCGAGGUGCGACUAAUUCUUCAGUUGCUCGAUCACUGGAUAAUCUCGGAUCGGUCAACUGGGAGAUAGCUUUUUGCCUUUUGCUAGUCUAUCUCAUUUGUUACUUUUCACUUUGGAAAGGUAUCAAAAUGAGCGGAAAAGUAGUUUGGUUCACGGCAAUAUUUCCAUACAUAGUGCUCUUUAUUUUAUUUAUUCGGGGUAUAACAUUACCAGGAGCCGAAAAAGGUAUUAGAUACUAUAUCGAGCCAAAUCUCGAAAAACUAGCCAUGCCUAAUGUUUGGCAGGAUGCUGCUACCCAGGUAUUCUUUUCUUUGGGUCCAGGAUUUGGUGUACUCAUGGCAUAUUCUUCGUAUAAUGAAUUCCAUAACAAUGUCUAUCAUGAUGCUUUGAUAACCAGCAUAAUUAACUGUGCAACAAGCUUCCUGUCUGGUUUUGUUAUAUUCUCGGUGCUUGGUUAUAUGUCAUGCAAAAGUGGUAAAGCAAUACAGGAUGUUGCACAGGAAGGUCCUGGACUUGUUUUUGUAGUAUAUCCAGAAGCUUUAGCAACAAUGCCUGGUGCUUCUGUAUUUUCCAUCAUUUUUUUUCUCAUGCUACUUACACUUGGACUAGAUAGUUCAUUCGGUGGUUCAGAAGCAAUAAUUACAGCGUUGAGCGAUGAAUUUCCAUUACUCAAACGUCGACGAGAAUAUUUUGUUGCUUUUCUCUUUUUUUUCUACUUAAUUAUUGGUACUGCUAUUUGUACUCAAGGUGGUAUGCUUAUAAUGGAAUGGCUAAUUGUUUACGGAACAUCUUGGGGUUUACUAAUUGUAGUUUUUUGUGAAACGAUCGUCAUUUCAUUUUUUUAUGGAAUGGACAAUUUUACUCGAAAUUUGGAGGAAAUGUUAGGAUUUAAACCAGGACGUUACUGGCGUUUAUGCUGGACAAUUGCUGCGCCAAUUUUUUUAUUGGCUACAAUUAUUAGCUCUUUUAUUACAUAUGAACCACUCAAAUAUCAAGAUUUUGUUUACCCAAAAAUGGCUAACAUCUUUGGAAUUAUUUUCGCAUUCUCAGCAGUUUCAGCGAUCCCAAUUAUUGGUUUGUAUCAACUUUGCAUUAGCAGAGGUGAAACAUAUGCAGCGAAAGUGAAAUUGGUUUUAACGCCACAUCAACGACAAAUUAGUGAGAACCAUGAAAUGGUUGGAUCAAAUGCAGAAAUAAACUUGUGA